AGUGUGCUCUUGUUGAAGACCUCAACGUCUGACAAGCAACUUCGUGUCGCCAAAAAUCGUCGCAAUGUCUGUCACAACAACUGCCAAUCCUGUUACCUACAGCCUGCAAACCGUCCUGGCGGACUACGAUCUCCACCACACCGAAGAAGAGGUCGACACUUCACUGAAUACGCAUCCGGCGCCGGCCGGCUCGCACGAGAACCCAAGCUCAUGGCCAACUGAGCAUCGUCGAGUACCUGCAUACCGCCCGAUCAACACAGAGCUGGACCAAAGCGAAAGAAGGGUGUAUCUGAGUGGGGUGGAGCAGAUGUUCGUAACAGUCAUGUUCACAGGCGUAUACUUGGAGUCGACUGUAUCAAAAAUAUGGAGGUCCUCGUUGGGAAGAGUGUGGAACGUAGGAUACAAAGUCGGCGGGGAGUGGUGAAGGAUUGGAGCAUGAUCAUUUCAGAAUCUUGGUAUUGCAGAGCGCUACAUUAUACAACAUGUACGCAUAUCACAUUUGUCGCUUGAAUCUAUAUUUUUCUUG